CUGAAGGCGGGGCGGUGGAACCUGCGGGGCGGUUGAGCGGCGCCGGCGGACAGCGGAGUAUCCGACCGGAGCGACGUGCGAACCGGGGCGGAGCCUGGGGCGGCCUGGAGCCCGGCCGACUCUGCCGCCCGUUAGCAGAGGCCUGGCAGGGCCCUGGAUCCGCUUUUAAGGGUGAGAUCGGGGUAAUUGGGGUCCGGAUCCUGCACUGCUCGACCUCCCGGGCCAGGGCGGGGUGCCAGGCCGCUGUCGACCCCCCCCCCCCACGGUGCAGCUCCUUGUCCAGGGCUGGAUGCACAGAGCCAUGUAAAGACACUCACAUGCUCCAGGUCAGCUGGGUUGUUCAGCCAGUGCUUACCGAGCAUCUCUUCUGUUCCAGGCCUGACGCGGCUGGACCAAGGCAUGAGCUGGCAGCCACGGGGCUGGGCCCGGUAGCAGCGUGGCGUGGGCCAGGCCAGCACCAUGAAGCUGCUGGUGGCCAAGAUCCUGAGCAUGGUGGGCGUAUUCUUCCUCAUGCUGCUGGGUGCCCUGCUGCCCGUGAAGGUCAUCGAGACUGACCUGGAGAAGGCACAUCGCUCCCGGAAGGUUCUUUCCCUCUGUAAUACCCUCGGAGGCGGAGUCUUCCUGGCCACCUGCUUCAAUGCGCUGCUGCCCUCUGUGCGGGAGAAGCUGCAGAAAGUGCUGAGUCUGGGCCACAUCAACACCGACUACCCGCUGGCCGAGACCCUCCUGAUGCUCGGCUUCUUCCUGACCGUCUUCCUGGAGCAGCUGGUGCUGACCUUCCGCAAGGAGAAGCCGUCCUUCAUUGACCUGGAGACCUUCAACGCAGGCUCAGACGUGGGCAGCGACUCGGAGUACGAGAGCCCGUUCAUGGGCGCCGGCCGGGGCCAUCCGCUCUACCUGGAGCCGGGCCCGCAUGGCCACCACCGCGGCCUGAGCGUUCGGGAGCUGUCCCGCGCCCGGCCGCUGCGCCUGAUCAGCCUGGCCUUCGCCCUGUCGGCCCACUCCAUCUUCGAGGGCCUGGCACUGGGCCUGCAGGAGGAGGGCGAGAAGGUGGUGAGCCUGUUCGUGGGCGUGGCCGUUCACGAGACGCUGGUGGCCGUGGCCCUGGGCAUCAACAUGGCCCGGAGCACCCUGGCCCUGCGCGACGCCGCCAAGCUGGCUGUCACCGUGAGCGCUAUGAUCCCCCUGGGCAUCGGCCUGGGCCUGGGCAUCGAGAGCGCCCAGAGCAUGGCUAGCAGCGUGGCGUCCGUGCUGCUGCAGGGCCUGGCGGGUGGCACCUUCCUCUUCGUCACCUUCUUUGAGAUCCUAGCCAAGGAGCUGGAGGACAAGAGUGACCGGCUGCUCAAGGUCCUGUUCCUGGUGCUGGGCUAUGCCGUGCUGGCCGUCAUGGUUUUCUUGAAGUGGUGACCCCCGGCGGGGCACACAUGGACACACACACACACACACACACACACACACACACACACACUCCGGACCAAGUCACCCCCCAGACCCCCAACACCCUGCUUCAGGGCACUGAGCCUUCCUACUCUAAAAAAAUUCUUAAAUAGUCACCAAA